UCUGGCAACACCGUUUUGGCCCUGUUGUCUGGCAAGUCCGAUCCGAAAAUAAAAAUUGAUUUGCAUUUGUUCUUGGCCAAAAAUAUUUAAAAUGUUAUGGUUUGCCCACAAAAAAUGACUUAGUUACCACUCCAACUAAAUUAAAUGGCCAAGUGGUGGAAACUCAGACAAUUAAACAACUGCCGGAAAGUCUAGCGUAUGUGAAGAAGUAGGCGUGUGUACUUGCCGAGCAAAAGAAGAAAAAACGGUAAAAAGGAUUUUAAGCAAAGCUCAAGCAAUAACUUUUUAUCAAAUAGCAUAAAUAGGAAAAUUAAUAAAAGGAAACGCGAGUGCGGCUUAAAUGUGCGAAAAUCGCAACAAAAAAGUGUAUGCCAAAUAGGAAAAUGUGGCUCCGCCAACGAUAACGGUACUCGUACUCGCCAACACACACACAUACCACUACACUGCCAGUGGCGGAUCUUGACCACCAGCCGCACCUAUAAAAGUGGGCGUAGGUAGAGACAAAUUACAAAAAAGGAUGUUAUGCUUCUAGCGACAGAGUAAAUAGUUUAAACAAAUUCAACCUGGAUUAAAAUAAUACUCAAAAGCUUAGAAAAUACCAAUACACAUACACAUUCCCACGCACACCAAAGGAAGUAGGAGGAAAGGAAAGGAAAGAAAAGGAAGAAGAAAGAAGUAGCAUCGGCGCGUUGGAGAAAUGUGCGGGAAGAGAAAAGUGAAAAUAAACGUGUAGUAGAGAAUUUUUGAAGCAGACACACACACACACAAACACAUACACAUCCCACACUCUUUCUCUCUCUCUGUCACUCGGCUUUUACCGUUUUCCGCCUACUCACACACACACACACACUCACACACUUGCAAAACACUCACUCACACACACACACACACACUCUCGUAUUGUAUGCGCGAAAAGCGUGAGCUAGUGAGAACAUGUCGUAAUGGCCAGAGAGGAGUCUCGCGGCAAGAGACCACUGAAAAUCUGGGACAGCUGGCGGAAUGUGCGCAAGGGCGUCGUAGUUGGGACUUUCGAAGAGCUCUUGGUCCGCGGCAAGGACAAGCUGGGGGUUCCUGCUUCAGAACCGGUACGCGUUGUUCUGGAGUGUGAUGGAACCCAAAUCGAGGAUGGCGAAUACUUUCGCACCCUGGCCAACAAUACGGUCCUCCUCCUGUUGAGGCAGGGCGAGCGCUGGUAUCCCACUGGCGUCGACGUCAUAAAGGCUGCAAUAUCAGCUAUACCGAAAAUCGUCUGCGAGACGAUCCAUGCACUAGAGCUGCACGAUGAGACCCCGUCGUGGAAGAUCAUGGACAACAAGGGGCGUGUCACGGUCGUAUUGCACUGGGAUCAGCGGCAGGGUGGUGGAAGCAGCGGCGGCGGCGGAGGAGGUGGUGGCGGUGGCGGCGGUGGCAUGUGCUCCGGUCUGGGCAGCAGCAAUGGCUUGCUCUCCUCUGACAAGUACUCGCCCUCGAAAAAGGGCCUCUCCGCACAGAGUUCUCUGGACAACAAAUCGGUGUCCUCGCAGUCCUCCCAGCCGCGCUACGCCAGCCCCCAAAUAACGGUGAUCAGCGACGACGGCCCGGCGAGCAUAUACCAUCCCGGCGGCGUGGUACUGCCGCCUGGAGUUGUGAUACCCGGCGGCAGCCGUCGCCUCUCCAAGCAGGGUAGCUCCUUCGACAGCACCAUUGGAGUGGGCGUUGGGGCGGUGCAUGUGCAUACGCCGGAGUGCGCCCAUCACGCCCACACGCCAAGCAGGGCAGGCAGUCCCAGCACCACCGAGUGCGAUUUUCACUGCUGUGCCCUGCACGAGGAGGGACGAAAAAUAGCCGUGCACAAGAGUGUGGCCACGUCGCCCAUCCAGGACGGAAGCACAAGUCCCCAGCCGCAGUCGGCACCUUCGGUUAUGGAUCCUAUGCAGGGCGUCAGCAGCGGAGGAGGCGGCGGAAGCAUGCAACGCCGUUCGUCGGGGGCCAAGGGCCAUGUGCGUUUCCUGGAUAUCGCCCCAGAACGGGAUAGCUCCGAGAGCGAAACGGAGAACACCGUAAUGGAGGACGACAAGACGACGACGGAGAAGUUUCUGCUAUUGAUCGACCAGCUGUCGGUGGAUCAAAAGCGCCACCUCAGCAUCAAGGACAUCGGCAUCAUAUUGGAGCGCCUCAACUCCAAGAUCCUUGAUGUGGAGCGGUUGGAUCGCGAGUCCGAGUCGGACGACUGCUACAACUGGACGAUAAAGGCGACAAUACGCGGCGAUGCGCUUCGCGAACUGGGCGUCAUCUACAAUGGCAACUACUACGCCAUCUCCGAGCAUCCCGGCUACAAGGAGGAGCUCGAGGAGAACGGCGAGGAGGCUGAAGAAGAGGAGGAGGAGGAGGAUGAGGAGGACAGAAUUUAGACGGGGAAAAUGAGAGGGGGCAUUAAUCCCAAAUUCACGAACGCCCCACGUUGGGCGCCAGGAAGAAGGUAUCAAUAAACUAACGCAUUUUACAGAAACGAAAAACGAACAAAAAAAAAAUCCAAAAAAAGAACGAUUUAAAAAGAAACCACACACACACACUAAAAUAGGAGUAGCCCAGCAGCUCAACACACCACACACACACACAUAACACAUGCAUACAUAUAUACAUAUAUACUUAUAUAAAAUAAUUACGAGAAUAUAAUAAUGCAAGUCGCACAUUGUACAAUAGUGAAGUAAGCAUAAAAA